AUGACGCCGCCGCCGCCGCGAUCGAGGGCGACGAUGACGAGCGCGCUCGCGAUCGCGAUCGUUCUCGUGUGCGGCACCGUCGCGACGCUGACGGCGUCGCCCGACGCGCGCGCGCAUGUCCCGCGGCCGUUCGUGGGGGGUGAAUCGCGUGGGGGGGCGAAAUUAUUGUCGGCGGAAAGGUCCGCGUCCCCCGCGCUCGGCGGCUUCGUCUCGGACGUCGUCGGCACGGUCACGGGCGAGACGGACACGGAGACGACGUCGCGCAAGAAUUUGGAGACGCUAAACGUGGACGUCUACUUGGACGCCGCGGAGAGCAACUCGCUGCAGCUCGUCGUCGGGGAUCUGCGCGAUAUGAUGAACGCGGACCUCGGCCCGAUCAAGUGGUCGUUCCUCGGCAACAACAACGGCGGCGCGCACUCCCUGGAGCAGGUCGUCAACGUCGACUACCUCCCCGCGAACUAUCACGCGAGCGCGUACGCGUGCGCGAUCGGCGCGGACGGCGCGACGCAUCAGUCGUGCCCCGCGAACGCCGCGUUCUCGUGCGCGCCGAGCGCGUUCGGGUCGAUGACCUCCGGGGUCGCGACGUCGACCGCGGCCGCCGCCGCCUCCUUGGGCGCGUCCUCCCUCGGCGCGGAGGAGCGCGAGGGCGACGAAGACGCGUUCGCGAGCGUCCUCGCGCACGUCGGGUUCGCGCCGAAAGAGAUCGAGGCGCUGACGACGACGCGUCGAUCGUCGUCCUCCGUCGGGGGGCGUUCGAGGUUGAAGACGACCGAAUCUACCAAAAAACCCGAAACCGAAACCGCGGCGACGGGCCUGUCCCCCGACGCCGUCGCGGCGAUCCACGAGAGACUCGCGAGGAUGAGGACGACGUCGGUGGCGGCGACCGCCCACGAAGGCGUCGACCCCCCUGCGCCGGCGACGUCGUCGACCGCCGUCGACCCCGCCGAGAUCGCGAAGGUCCGCGAGAAGCUCGACGGCGCGCUGGACACGGUGAACGCGCAGCCGUUCAGCGGCAAGACGGGCUCCUAUCGCGUCCUCGCGCGCACGCUCGGCAUCAUGGCGGGCGACCCCCGCGUCGUGGAGGGCGCCGAUAGCCCGAUCGCGUCCGUUCGCGAGAUGCUCGCCGCCGCCGCGAAGGCGCCGACGACGACCGAGAAGGUUCCCGACGUUAACGCGCCGACGAAGGAGACGAACGCUGCGGCGCGGGCCCCGACGACGGAGACGACGAAGGGCCUGGACGCGAACGCCGUCGCGAACAUCCACGAAAAACUAAAACGCGAAGCCGACGUGGCGAAGGCUCGCGAGGACGCCGCGCCGAAGCCGCCGACGGAGGUGGAUGCGCCGCCGACGGAAGACAAGAUCGCGGCGAUCCACGCCAAGCUCGAACGCGUCCGCGCCUCGCGCGACGCCGCGGACGACGACCUCGCACGCCACGACGACGCCUCGCGCGACGCCGCCGUCGAGCGUUCGAAGCCUUCGAAGCCGAAGAGCCCCGCGGAGGCGCGCGUCGAGGCGCUCGGACCGGGAGAGAUCAAGUCCACGCACGAUAAGCUCCGGGAUGAGGCGGCGAACGCGCUUAUCCACGCGGUGGACGACUUCACCGCGGAGCAGCGGGACGAACGCGACGCGGAGGCGAGAGCGCCGCCGGGCGCGACCGCGGCGGCGGAGGCGAAGCGCGCGGCGGAGCACGCGGAGGCGGUGUCUAAAAUCUUGAACCACCUUCUGGACAGCGUGGAGACGUACUUUACCCCCGCGCAGGUCGCAGAGAUUCGCGGGAGGAUCGAGAUCGCGACGAGCCUCACCGCGGAGAAGGUUGCGGAGAUUCGAGCGAUCAUCGCUGCGGACGCGAAGAACGCGACGACGCACGACGCGGGCGGGCGCGCGUCAGAGGUUCAGAUGCGGCGCAUCCACGACGCGUUCGCGGGCACGGACGAACCCCACGACCGCGGCCAGACGCCGACGACGCCCGGGGCGCACCACGCCUGGGAGAAAGCCGCGUCGAAGGUGAAUCUGACGAGCGACCAGAUCGCGGGGAUCCACGGACACAUCGCGGAGAAGGAGGCGGAGAAGAAGAAGGCGGCGGAGGUGGAAGAAGCCGCACCCGCGGAGGAGUCCACGAGCGAGACGUUAUCGAAGAUGAGCGCCGAGGACAUCGCGAAGAUGCACGAGGACGUCGCGAAGGCGGUGUCCUCGGGGAAGGACGCCCCGGUGUCGUCCGCCGCGGUCAAAAAUAUCCACGAGUUGAUCGCCAAUAAAACGCAGAGCGUCGCCGCCAAUAAAACGCAGAGCGUCGCCGCCCCGGCGGUCGCCUCCGUCGUUCGCGAGCCGACCGACGAGGAACUGAACGACGUCCACGAGUCCGUGGCUUCCGAGGCGAACGUCUCUGAGGACCUCGUCAAAGAGAUUCACGAGAAGAUCGAAGCGCACGUGGAAGCGAUCGGGCCCGGAAAGAAAAUCACCCCCGUCGAGCUCACUCCCGAGGAGGUCAAAGCCGUGCACGACGAGCACUGGGAGGAGGGCGCGAGGAAGCAUAACGUGUCCGAUGAGACGAUCGAGAAGAUGCGGCAGAUCAUCGACUGGAAAGAGCCGACCACGCUGACCGGUUUGAGGACCCCGGACAAGCGUCUCGAGGUUCGUCACCCCGCCGGAGCCCCGGACUGCUUCGCCGAGAUUCACGGCGACGAAGAGGCCGCCGGGUGCUCCGCGGACGUCCUCCCGGACUGGAACAGCGCGCAGACGGUCGAGAUCCUUCACGAAUUCGGGAAGAGGUUGGAGGAGUGCUAUCGCAUCGACGCCAACGGCUCGGACGUGGAGGUGCCGUGCCCGAGCAGAUUCCACGACUUGGCGGACUCGCUCUUGGCGUCGAACAUCGAGUCGAGCGGCGCGCAUUUCGAAGAGUUCAAGCGAGGCGUGCACGAGUUAUUCGGACCCGGCGGCGGAACCGGCGGCGACGACGGCCAAGGCCCGGGCGGCGACGACGGCCCAGGCCCGGGCGGCGGCGGCCCGAGCCCUGGCCCGGAGCCGUCGCGUAAACCCAUCGCCGAGCGCAUGGCGGAGAAACUAAAACUCUCCCCGGAGGAACGGAAAAAGCAGAUGCUCGAGAAGCUCCAGGCUGUCGUGACGAAGGUGCAGUCCGUGGUGGCCGCGAAAACUAUCGCGGAGGUUGCGCCCGGCGCGCCCGCGAUAUCCGCGGAGGAGCAAGGGAAGAUCGACGAAAGUCUCGCGAGGCUUCAAAAACAGUGGGAGGAGGCGAUCGCGCUUCGCGAAGCCGCGGAGGCGGCGCGAGCCAAGGUGGAAGCGGAGAGAGAGGCGAUGAAAGCGCGCGUCAAAGCCAAGGCGGAGACCGCGGGCAAGCCCCCCGCGGCGGUGAAGAAGGAAGUCGCGAAAGAGGAGCUCCUAUUGGACGCCGCGCUCGCGGGCGUGCCCGUGAAACAGGUGGAGACGCAGCAGACGGCGGCGUCGGAGGACGACGCGUGCGAGAGCACGUUCGCGGCGAUGGGGACGAACUCCUCCCUGGGCAUCUGCGAGGCGACAACCUCGACGCGGCGACGCUCGCUGCGUCUGCGUCGCGCGCUGCUGCAAGACGCCGUGGACGCGAAGUGGAUCGUGACGAUUCUCAUGUCCGCCGUCGCCGUGCCCGAGACGGAGAUCGACGCGGCGCUCGGGAAGCUCGUCGCGUCCGGCGCGAUGUUGACCGCGGCCGACACGGACGCGGUGAACUUGAUCACGGACCCCGUGUCCGGCGCGAUCACCGGGUACACGGACGCCAACGGCGCGGCGCUGACCGCGGAGGAGGCGGCGGAGGUUCUCGAGGACACGUCCGCGGACGUCGCGCUCGCGGCGGCGGCGACGUCGACGGCGGAGUCGUCGAGCGGCGGCGCCGCGGGGACGGAGAGCGCCUGGAAACCGGAUCCGGCGACGCCCGCGGCGAUGUACGUCCAGUGCGUCUCCGCGUUCUUGCUCAAGCUCGAGCAGUCCGAGUCCGCGGUCGCCAACGCGGCGGUGAACAUGACGGCGCGCGUGGCGUCCGUCUCUGGGUUGUGCUGCGACGCCGUCGUGCAGACCAAACGCGCGACGGCGGCGUCGUGCACCACGCUGAGCUCGUGCCUCGACACCGGGCUGGGGUACGUCAAGACGCAGAACAACGCGGACGCGCUGAACGCGAUCCGACCGACGUACAAGUUCCAGCCGUGGGCGCUGAUCGACGACGUCGCGGUGUGCGACGCGAUCGAGUGCGCGAAGGACGUCGGCGAGGCGAUCAAGUACAAAAUUUGCGAGAGGCGCGCGCCGAAGAACGACGAGCUCGCCGGGUGCGCCGAGUACGACUUCACGUCGUCGCCGUGGUACGCGUCGCUGGCGCUGGUGGUGCUCAUGAUCGUCGGCGUCCUCGCGGUGUGCUGUUGCGCGCUGUGCUGCUGCUGCCGCGCGCGAGGGUGGUGCUGUUACGGCGCGAGAGAGGGCAAGGGGGGCGACGUCGAAAAGGGAAAGUCGAACGAAGCGACGCCGCUGAUGAUGCAGCAGUUUCAAAAGUUCAUGGCGCAGGCGCCAGCGCAACAGGGGGGUCAGGGUCAGGCGGGGAGGAAGUGGAACCGUCAGGAGUCUACGUCGACCGCCCCGAAGAAGGACGCGGAUGACGCGAGUUGGGACAUGAGCAAGAUGUUCUGA